AUGCCUAAAAAAGCAGAUGAUUAUCGUAGUUAUCCAUUAGAUAAAACAAUAAUAGUUAAUGGUCGAGAAAUAGAUGAGAUAGUUAUUAGUUCUCACUACGAACAAAACCAUUCUGCUUAUAUGAAAGAUGAAAUUAUUUUAGAAUUAGUAAAAUCGUUAGAUGGUGGAACAUUUCCAGUAGAAGACAAAAAAUCUAAUCCUGAUCGAGAAUUCUUUAUGUUAGAUAAUAUUUCUUAUCAAGAUAAGUUUUAUCAAGAUAAAGAACUAACUGAAAUUUGUAAUAAGUUGUCAGAUCCAAAUUACCAAAGAGGUUCCCAAGCUUUGCCUAAGGAUGCUAGUCUUUUAGAGCAAAGUAAAUAUAAUCUUUGCCAAAAAAUUUUGGUUCAACAACAAAAGAAAAAAUUAACUACUGAAAAGUUAGCUAAACAAAUUCAAUUAAGUAUUCCGGAAACCGAAGACAUUUUACAUUGCCGAAUUAAUAAAUUUACUUUGGAUAGAUUGAUAGAUUAUGCUGAGAAAUUGACUAUUCCUUUACAGAUAAUUAAUGAAAAAGAUAUUUCUCAUCCUAAUAAUCUUAGUGCGGGAGGUGGUGGAACUUUUGUCCUUGGAGCAAUUGAAGAAGGAAUUAAAUUUGCUAGGCGUGGUGUUUCUUUGGUAAGAGCAGUUCCUUUUAUUGGUGGUGGUGCCGCCUUUUUUAUCGAAACAGCACUUCACGGUCUCGAAUUUUCAGUUGAUCGUGUAAAGGAUUUAAUGAUUGAAGCCUCGUUUAGUGGACUUUCUGCUGACAUCGGAGAUCUUAAAGAAGGUCAAACCAAACUCAAUAAUAAAAUAGAAGCCCAAGGUAAAAGACUUAGUCAGAAAAUGGAUAGUAUUAGGUCUAGUCUUCAAAAAAAUUUAGCAGAGCAAAAAAAAGAUUUAGAAGAACAAAUAAAAAAUGCUAGUGCUGAGCAAAAAGAAGAAUUACGCCGAGCCAAAGAGGAAUUAGAAAGACAAGUAGAAGGAGUUCAAGAAAGUCUUAAUCAAGUAGAAAGACAACUCACUAAUGCCCUUAAUGACUUCCGUAACGAAGUCAACGAAAGAUUUGCCCAACAAGAACAAAAAAUCCUGAAUAAUAAACGCAAAAUAGAAGAAGAGAAAUUACAAAGAGAAAAUGAAAUUCGGGAAACUCAUGACCGCAUUAAGUUAACUACUACUAACUUAGAAAAUCUUCGCAAAGAAAAAAGCCAAUUAGAGGAUGAAUUUCUUAAUUAUAAAGCUUCCAUUAACCAACAAACGGCGGAUACUCAACAAUCCUUAGAAGAUUUAGAAGCUGAAUAUCAAAGACAAACCAAAAUUAUAGAAGCAAAGAUUGAGGAUAAUCAAGAAACUUUGGAAGAAUUUAACGAACAAUUAACUAAUGUUCAAAGAGAACAAGCCCAAUCUCGCUUAGAAAGAGAAGAAAUCUUGGAAGAACUUCAAGAACAAUCUGAUUUACUCCAUUUUCAAAAACACCAACUAAAUUUAGUCUCCCAGCAAAUGGAAGAAGUGA